CACAGCGCUGAGGCAGGAGGGGGGCUGAUGGCGGCGGCGCAGGGCGAGGGGCGGGGCGCAGCGCCCCUGUACUGCCAUGGCCGCCUCCCCCUGCCCGCCGCCCGCCUUAAAUACUAUGGGGCGGCCGCAGCUGCGGCGGGAGCCGUCGCCGAGCGCACCAUGCGGGCUGUCAUCGCCUUGGCCACGGCGCUGGGCAGCCUGCUGCUGGCCGCCUGCCUCCUGCGCCUGGGCGGCGAGCGGCCGCUCCGCGCCAGGGGCUGGGAGGAGGAGGCAGAAGGAGCGCCCGGCACGCCGAAAGUGGUGCGAGCCCUCAGAGCCCCCCCGCCGCCCCUUCCUCGCACCGGGAACAGAACAACUGCUAAUAAAAAUGGAAUUUACCAGUUUGAACAGGUCUCAAAGUGUAAGGCGAUUCAGGACAAUAUUUUAUCAUCAUCAAUCAAAAAGAAAAGAUAUUCAGAAGAUUAUUAUCUUCACAUAGUCAAAAAGCUACAGAACUGCACGUGGAUAAGGAGACCAGAAGAAUCUGCAAAAUUCAGGUCAGAGUUGGCUUCCUGCUGUGAUGCAGCUCACAAUUUUAUUGCUUCUCAGAACAACACCCCACUGGGAAGUAACAUGAGUUAUGAAGUGGACAGUAAAAAGACCAUCCUUAUUACAGAGGACAUUUAUAAGAUGCUGCCUGUGUCCCCUCCUCUCUCGGUUUAUCCCUUCAAGAACUGUGCAGUGGUUGGGAAUGGAGGAAUUCUGAAAAAUUCCAGCUGUGGAGCUGAAAUCGAUCGUUCCGACUUUGUGUUUAGGUGUAACCUCCCUCCAACUACAGGAAGCAUUAGCAAAGAUGUUGGCAAUAAAACAAACCUUGUGACUGUUAAUCCAAGUAUCAUAGCUCAGAAAUACAACAAACUAAAUGAGAAGAAGACAGAAUUUGUGGAGAACAUCGCAGUCUAUGGAGAUGCAUUCCUUUUAUUACCAGCAUUUUCCUUCAGAAGCAACACAGCCACUUCUUUUAAAGUCUAUCACACUCUGCAAGAGUUCAAAGCAACCCAAAGGGCAAUAUUUUUUCACCCCACCUAUCUGAAAAGUCUUGCCCAGUUCUGGAGAACUAAGGGUGUGAAAGCCUAUCGUUUGUCAUCUGGUUUUAUGAUCACUAGUGCUGCUGUUGAGCUGUGUGAGAAUGUGAAGCUUUAUGGCUUCUGGCCUUUCUCAAAAUCCACAGAGAAGAUGCCAAUCAGCCACCACUAUUAUGACAACCAGCUGCCUAAACCAGGUUUCCAUGCAAUGCCCAAAGAAUACAACCAGAUCCUUCAGCUUCAUGGCAAAGGCAUUUUGAAGUUGCAGUUUGGUAAAUGUGAAUCAGACUAAAAAGAUAUGCCCAUCUUCAGUAAAGCAGAUGCCUACCUAUCCCACAUGGGUGAUGAUGCUAAGGAGACAAUUUGUGUAUCUCAGCAGCUUGGUGUUGGAUUUGAUCCGAUGUGAUUUCGUGAGCAUUAAACUGCAUUAUUACAAUAGAGAAAUAUUUUACACUUGGGGAGAAAAGAAAGUGAUUUUUCACACAUUGACUGCUACAUUUCUGAAUCUUGAGUAACCUUUUUUUUUAAUACAAAACAGCAUUUAUCUGGUAAAUUAUGAAACUCCUUACUAUUGUUUUAAUUGUAGCAAAGCACAAUCUCAGGAUGGUGGCAAUAUGUGACAUUCAUCACGUUUUGCUUCUUAAAGCAUAUAUAAAGCAAAAUAUUUUGGUGUAAGAUCUCCGAUUUUGUUACUGUCCCGUAAUACAGGCAACAGUCUGUAUGGUAGCUCCAUGAGUUGGCAGUGAACACUUCCAAUUAAGAACCUGAUCCUGUAAAGUCUAGCAUUUGUCUACAUGAUGAACGUGAUGAGAAGAGUAAUGGUGGAGUACUUACUUCAGAGCUAAGUCAUUCUUAGUUUGUCCCUGGGUGCACAAAUGAAAAAAAUUUCCUCAGGUUAGAGAUAGUCAAAUAGUUGAUGUGCUUUAAUUUUGUGGCCAAUAGAUAAUGCUGUGGAUUUAAUGGGAUUGCUCAUGUGAAUGAUGUUAAUUUUAUGAGCAACUGUGUGAAGGACCAGAGACGUGUAAUUAUUUUCAAACCCCUCUUCCUGCUCCUGUUCCUGUCUAAGGUCCAGCUCAGCUCCAAAUGAGGACAAUAAACCAGUUUUCAUGCUGCAGUCCCCAGAGUCCUGGUAGGGCAUGACUUUGCACACAUUCCUGCAAUCCCAGAUCUAUAUCUCUGCUGACACACGAGAUGGACCAUUCACUAGAAAAAUGAUCUGUACCAGCCCUAGCUGUUUUUCUGCCUUUUUCCACCUAGCGUAACACCUUUCUCGAUGUGACCACAGAUAAAGAAACUGCAUUGAGCAUUAUUAGAAGAAUGUUCCCUUUGGAGUCAACUCCUAUACCAGGGCAUAUGAGAAAGAAAAUUACAGUUACUUAAUUCAAACCCUGUGCAGUUCUGGUGCUUAAAGCUUCCAUAUGGUCCAGUGGAGCAACAUUCUGCAAAAAGCAAAAGCGAAAUAAAGAAUCACAUUAACAUUUAUGGGCACUACCACAAGCAGUUGUUCCCCUAGCUGUAGCGGCUUGUAUAUUUCUGCUUAUAUUUUUUACUGCAGUGAAAAAAAAAAAAAAGUGGUAGCCUGUUUCUGUUAAAAGAAGAGUUUCAGUGGUUUUUUUGAGACGCAGUGAUCAGUUCAAAGAUAAAGUGUGUUUCCUAUCCUUUCACAGUCGGAUACGGUCAGGUAUUUUCUUUACUAAAGCUCAUUUUUCUUUACUAAAGCUCAUUGGGGAUUUAGUAGCACUAAAUCCCCAAUCAACUGGUAGUUUACAGAGCAUUCAAUUUUCCACUCACUGAGGAUUAUUUCUGACCCCCCCCCAAAAAAAAAAAAAUCCACAA